CCGGGUCUCGGCGGCGACGAAGAGAACGAAUCCAGAUGGGAAGACCGGGGAGGAAACCGAGAGGCCGAGCCGGGCCUGGGCUCUUCUCAUUUCCGAAAGAGGAGCUCAGACGACGAGGCUCGUCCCUCGCAAAUCUCAAAGCCAUGUCUAAGGGACCAAUGUCAUUCAAGGACGUGACUGUGGACUUCACCCAGGAGGAGUGGCAGCGCCUGGACCCUGCCCAGAAGGCCCUCUACAGGGACGUGAUGCUAGAAAACUACUGUCAUUUCAUCUCUGUGGGAUUUCACAUAACAAAACCUGAUAUGAUCCGCAAGUUGGAACAAGGAGAGGAGCUGUGGACAGAGAGACUUUUUCCAAGUCAGAGCUAUCUCGAAGAGAAAGAGGUCUUGGUGAAGUUCAGCGACUACGAGGACCAGCCUCCUAAAUCAAUCCUGAUCAUCAACCACAAGAAGCUAAUUAGGGAGAGAAGCCACAUUUAUGGGAAAACACUAGGCAAGAACCGUAUUAUUUCCAAAACACUGUUUGAGUAUAAAUCUGAUGGGAACGUUUUGAAAAAUAUCUCAGAAUUCCUCAGUAGAGAUAUAAACCCUGUGAUGGGGAAGUUGGAAGGCAGUACAGAGUGGGAGAAGUCAGUCGUGACUUCAAAGCAGGAGAAAACCCAUCCUGCCUUCACUCUCCAUACACAAAUCGGAAGGGAUUUGAGCUCUGACCAGGAGCUCACCCUGCACCAGAAGACACAGAUUCCAGAGCAGCAGUUUGAAUGUAGUGAAUGUGACAGCCCCUUCCUCAUGACAGGAGUGGCAUUUCCACAUGACAGGGCUCACAGAGGAGGCGGGAACUUCGACUACAGUAAAGAUGAAAUCACUUUUUUUGAAAAAUCAAACCUUGGUAUUCAUCCACAUAAUCUUAUGGAAAAGAAAUGUUCUGCAUACAACAAAUACGGGAAACUCCUUUGCAGAAAGUCAGUGUUUGUUAUGCACCCCAGAUCUCAGAUGGACGAGAGACCCUUCCAGUGUCCUUACUGUGGGAACAGCUUUAGAAGGAAGUCCUACCUUAUAGAGCACCAGCGGAUCCACACGGGGGAGAAGCCCUAUAUUUGCAGUCAGUGCGGGAAAGCCUUCCGUCAAAAGACGGCUCUGACACUCCAUGAAAAAACACAUACAGAGGGGAAACCGUAUCUCUGUGUGGACUGUGGGAAGUCCUUCCGCCAGAAGGCCACCCUCACCAGGCACCACAAAACACACACGGGGGAGAAAGCCUACGAAUGCACUCAGUGUGGAAGUGCCUUUGGAAAAAAGUCCUACCUCAUCGACCAUCAGAGAACUCACACAGGGGAGAAACCCUAUCAGUGCACAGAGUGUGGGAAGGCCUUUAUCCAGAAGACGACACUCACGGUGCACCAGAGGACUCACACAGGAGAGAAGCCCUACGUCUGCAGUGAGUGCGGGAAGUCCUUCUGCCAGAAGACAACUCUGACCCUCCAUCAGCGGAUCCACACUGGGGAGAAGCCCUACAUCUGCAGUGACUGUGGGAAGUCCUUCCGCCAGAAAGCAAUCCUCACUGUGCACUACAGAAUACACACAGGAGAAAAAUCCAACGGCUGUCCCCAGUGUGGGAAAGCCUUCAGUAGGAAAUCAAACCUCAUUCGCCACCAGAAAACUCACACCGGAGAAAAACCCUAUGAAUGUCGAGAGUGUGGAAAAUUCUUUAGCUGUAAAUCAAACCUCGUCGCCCACCAGAAAACGCAUAAGGGCGAAAAACAACAUACAUGCACUGAAUGUGGGAAGUCCUUCUGCAGGAAGUCAGUGUUGAUUCUGCAUGUGGCAAUUCACACGGAGGAAAAGCCUUACCAGUGUCAUCAGUGUGGAAGCGCAUUUAGAAGGAAGUCGUAUCUCAUUGGCCAUCAGAGAACUCACACAGGAGAAAAGCCCUUCGUGUGUAAUGAGUGUGGUAAGUCCUUCCGCCUAAAGACAGCCCUCACGGAUCACCAGAGAACACACACAGGGGAGAAGUCACACGAAUGUCCACAGUGUAAGAAUGCCUUCCGACUGAAGUCACACCUUAUUCGUCAUCAGAGAACUCACACGGGAGAAAAACCGUAUGGCCGUAAUGACUGUGGCAAAUCUUUCCGCCAAAAGACAACUCUCUCCCUCCAUCAGAGAAUUCAUACAGGGGAGAAACCCUAUAUUUGUAAAGAAUGUGGGAAAUCUUUUCACCAAAAAGCGAACCUCACUGUCCAUCAGAGGAUUCAUACAGGGGAGAAGCCUUAUAUUUGUAACAAGUGUGGGAGAGCAUUCUCCCAGAAAACAACACUUGCCCUCCACAAGAGAACUCACAGUGAGGAGAAGCCCUAUGUGUGUAGUGAAUGUGAGAAGUCCUUCCACCAGAAGACUACUCUCGUGGCACACCAGAGGACACAUACAGGGGAGAAAUCUUACACAUGUCCUCAUUGUGGGAAGGCCUUUAGGAUGAAAUCCUACCUUGUUGAUCACCACAGAACCCACACAGGAGAGAAACCAUAUGAAUGUAUUGAGUGUGGGAAAGCAUUCAGCCAGAAAACAAACCUCAAUCUACACCAGAGGAUUCAUACUGGGGAGAAACCCUAUGUGUGUACCGAGUGUGGCAAGUCCUUUCGCCAAAAGGCAACCCUUAUUGUCCAUCAGAAAAUCCAUACAGGGCAGAAGUCCUACGGGUGUCCUCAGUGUGGGAGAGCUUUCGGCAGGAAGUCCUACCUCAUCCAUCAUCAGAGAACUCAUACUGGAGAGAAACCCUAUAAAUGCAACGAAUGUGCAAAGUGCUUUCGCCAGAAGACAAAUCUCAUUGUUCAUCAGAGAACUCACACAGGCGAGAAGCCCUAUGUGUGUAAUGACUGUGGCAAGUCCUUUAGUUAUAAGAGGAACCUCAUUCAGCACCUGCAGACGCAUCGUGGUGAGCAGCCCUGUGCGUGCAGGACGUGUGGGAAGACCUUUGGCAGUCCGUCAGACCUCACUCUCCAUCAGAGACUUCAUACUGGUGUCAAAUCUUAUGCAUGCAAAGAGUGCGCAAGGACUUUUGGGCAACGGUCGCAGCUAAUCCUGCACCAAAGAGCUCACACGGGUAAGAAGCCCCACGUCUGUAAGGACUGCGGGAAGGCUUUCAUUCAUGGGUCCCAGCUUACUGUCCACUGGAGAAUCCACACGGGGGUUAGACCCUAUCAGUGUAAAGAAUGCGGGAAGGCCUUCAGACUACACUCCCAGCUCACCGUACACCAGCGGAUCCACACCGGCGAGAAGCCCUACGAAUGUAAGGACUGUGGGAAGGCUUUUGUCCACAGCUCGGAAGUCACUCGGCAUCAGAAGAUCCACUCUGGGGAGAAGCCCCAUGAAUGUCAGGCGUGUGGGAAGACCUUCAGACAGCAUGCUCAGCUCAGGUUACACCAGACCGUCCACACUGGUGACAGACCCUUUGCGUGCAAGGACUGCGGAAAGACCUUUAGUCGAAGUUCCUACCUUAUUCAGCAUCGAAGAAUUCACACAGGCGACCGGCCGUAUGAGUGUCAGGAGUGUGGGAAAGCCUUUAUUCGAGUCUUCCAGCUGACUCGUCAUCAGAGAAUUCAUACAUACGAGAAGCCCUACGUAUGCAGGGAGUGUGGGAUGGCUUUUAUUCGAAGUUCACAGCUUACGGAACACCAGAGACUUCAUCCCGGUAUCAAGCCUUACGAAUGUAGAGAGUGUGGGCAGGCCUUUACCCACGGCUCACAGCUCAUUGAACACUACCGAAUUCACACUGACUAGAGUCCUGAGCGUAGGUGGCGUAGGCCAGCCUUUAUUCAAAGUUCACAUCUGGUCAGGGUUACGUCGCCCCCAGUGUUGGGAAAACUUGGUUCAUCUUGUCUGUUUCAGGUUAUCAGAAAAUGCAAUACCAGGAGAAAGCCCAAUGAAUGUGGAAGUCCUUUUUCCUCAUUCACUGGUUCUAGGCAGCAGCAAACCUGUGCUAAAAAUAACUUGAUAUGAAUGUAUA